CGGAAGGCAUGAUGUUGCAACGCUUGUCUGUGCUCCGAUGGUGAGAAGACGGGCGAGCAGAGUUCUUCCUCGCCUCGAUAUGCUUCCAAGCUGAAACACAAGCGGGGAAGACACGCUGACGGCGACGAUCCAUGCCACGCACUGGUUGGCUCCGGCUGACGGUGAUCUGGAAAGGUUGCAGACGCCACUCGCCAUGCGACUUCCCUGAGUACAGACGCGAGGGUGGUAGGCGCAGAGGGAUGGACGUCUCCUUAAGGCUGCGGCGGCGGCGGCAGUCAGGUCUGCCUCACUACACUCACCUCCGUCGCUCGUUACGAUUUGUAUAAUUAUGUGGGCAACUAUUGGGACAUGGCUGCUGUUUGCGCAAGUCUUCGCGCUGGGUGUCGCUGCGCAUCGCGACUGGUGGCUGCAGAGUCUCCCCCAGUGUUGGCGGGACUGCUUUGGGAACACAGAUGACGGCUGCAGUUAUAGGAAAUGUAUAUGUCAGACGAGCGAGAGCAGCACGUCCUACCUGUCCAGCGCUGUCGCGUGCGCCGUUUCCUCGUGCAAAGCCGACGAAUCGGACAUCGAACUCGUCCUCGGACCGCUAGAACUCUACUGCGAUGCCAUCGGCUGCACGAUACCGGCUGAGGUAGUGGAAGAUGCCUACGCUGCUGUGUCGAGCACCGCCGUCCCUCCGAAACCCACGCAAGCAGCCCCGACAACGAAGCCCGCCGCUCCCAAACCCACCACCACGACCCAAAGCGACGACCAUGACGACGCCGGCGCAGACCUGACAAGCGCAAUCAGCACGACGAUAACAAAGACAUCGACCGACGGCGACGGCAACACGCUGCAGAUAAUUGUGCCCAUAGUCAUGGGCCCCACGCAGAUCAGUACGGGCAGCAUCAUCACGUCGACUGUGGCUAGUGGCACGCCCAUGUCCACGACCUCAUCGUCUAGCCCCUCUGCCCAGCCUUCCGCUCCGGUCCCGACGCCAGGCGCCUCUUUUACACAGACAUCGUCGGCAUCGGGGUCGGAAGAAACAGAUCCUCCGCCCGCCAACGGCAACGGUAGCCCGUUCGAGAAUAUGCAGGCCGGUGCUGGUAGAUGGACGCUGUCAACACCAGGAAUGGCGUUUGGGGCUUUCGCUGCGCUACUCAUGCGCAUGUAGUUUGCAAUGACCCAAAUGAUGUAGUGUAUUUGCUUUUGGGGGACUCGAAGAUGAGACGCGAUGAGGCUGUAUGGUAGUACAACAACUUCGACCGCUCUAUGUACUGUAUGAUACCUAGAUAUGACGAAUGCUCGAUUACGAAAGACUACCACCCCAAGAUUGUGCCUCAAGACACUGAUGAAGUCCACAAUGCGAAUUUGUAGUCAGCCAUCGUCGACCCUGAUUCUCGGAAUGCCAGCGGAUGACUUUGGUCCACGCGCAUCAUCCCACCGCUUCAUCGCCGCAAGCCAAUGAAAGCGAACCCAAUGCCAAGUCGCUCCAACAGUCCUUGCACAUCAUUGAGACUCGCAAGCUGCACCUUCUCGAGCCCCAUCAAUCCUCUA